AUGGCUUCCUUAAUAACAGUGUGCUCGAGCUUUGUUCUAGCAGUUUUAGUAGCUCUCACAGUUCAAAUCUUGUACUUCUCACCCAUUGAUCCACUUCUGCAUGAUCUAAAACCUGCCACUUCAACCAAAGACAACAAAUUAAAGAACAUCAUUAAACUUGGAGAAGGGUUUCUGAAGGAACCAGAAGAUGUUUGUGUGGAUAAAGAAGGGACUCUUUACACAGCUACUCGAGAUGGUUGGAUCAAAAGAUUGCGCAGGAAUGGAAAUUGGGAGAAUUGGAAGCAUAUGGGUGGUGAAACCUUGCUAGGAAUCACACCAGCAAAAGAAGGUGGCAUCAUUGUUUGUGACACUUCCAGGGGUUUGCUUAAGGUUACAGAUGAUGGUUUCACCAUUAUCGCUUCACAAGCAAAUGGUUCUCAAAUAACGUUUGCAGACGAUGUAAUAGAAGACUCUGAUGGGAAUAUAUAUUUCAGCAUUGCAAGCACCAAAUUUUAUUUUCAUGAUUGGCAUCUGGAUUUCUUAGAGGGAAGACCCCAUGGACAAGUUCUGAAGCACAAUCCCUCCUCCAAUGAAACUCUUGUUCUUCUCAAUAAUCUUGCCUUUGCUAAUGGCGUUGCACUCUCCAAGGACCAACAUUAUCUUGUGGUAUGUGAAACUUUUAGAUAUAGGUGUGUGAGGCAUUGGUUAAAAGGAGAAAAGAAAGGCACAACAGAUAUAUUCAUAGAAAACCUCCCUGGUGCACCUGAUAACAUAAAUCUUGCUCCUGAUGGAUCCUUCUGGAUCGCUUUGAUCCAGUUGACUUCUGAAGGAAUGGAGUUUUUGCACAAGUAUAAAAUAAUGAAGCACCUGCUUGCUUCAUCUCCAAGGGUGAUGAACCUUGUGAGUGGUUUAAAGAAGAAAGCAAUGGUGGUGAAUGUGGGAAGUGAUGGGAAGAUAAUUAGAAAGUUGGAUGAUGGUGAUGGGAAGGUCAUUAGUUUUGUGACUUCAGCUGUGGAGUUUGAGGGCCAUCUUUACUUGGGUAGUCUUUCUUCCAACUUUGUCGGAAAAUUACCACUAUUGAGUGCAUAG